UGGAAAAACAGAAAUAAAUUCAGUGAAAUUUCGAGAUCAGUGCAAAAAAUUAUACUGGUUACCAGACCCCUCGAAGGUUCUCGGUGUUGACAAUCUGUUAUUGUUUUUGAUCAAAAAGUGUCAUGAACUUAACAGUUUUUUGUGAAAAUUAACAGAAUUAUUGAGAUAAAACUAAGCAAGAAUGCCAGAGAAGGUAUGUAUAUUGCUAUACGCACAAAGAAAAUGUUUGUAAACUACUUAGAUUUAUUAAUAGCGCGUCUCGAAAAAUCACCAAAGGUCGUUUUAUAUGUGGCGGGUUAUUUUGAAAUUGCGCUUCGAUGACCCGUGGAUUCUCAAUGAAACUUUAUAUAAAACUUAGUUUUGAGAAUAAUUUCACUAUUAUAUAAUGCUAUAUUGUAUAUAAUAUUAAUAUUUCUAGUUUUAACGUAAAAUCGACAAUUUUAAAUUUUAUAAAAGCAUGACUAAAUUAAUCUAAUACUCUAAGGACCUCAUAAAAUUCUUGUCAUAUAAUAAUAAACAAAAUAUUGCUAGAUUUAUUUUUAAUAAUAUAAGAUAUGCCAAUAGUGUAAAUUUAUAAUAUUAAUAAAUAUCAAAAUCGAGAUCAAAUAAUGAUUGGAUGUAUUACAAGAUAUUUUUUGUGAUCUUUGGUUAUUUGAUAUGUCUGCAAAGGCAUUGUUGGUUGUGUUUCCUCAUUCCAGAAAAAUUGACCAAACAUGGUGAAUGGUAUUUUAAAGGUGAUCUAUAGUCCGUAUGUAAACAAAGCCUUUGUUUACAUAUUUGUGUCCAAAAUAUUGAGCUUUAUUCGAUAACUAUUUAUAUUUUCAAGCUUCUAGAGUAUAAUAAAUGAUCAAGAAACAACAAUCAGGCUUUUCAAGAACUCAAAACAUAGUUAAACUGUUUGUAUCAUAAAAAGUGGGCUCAUUUGUGCACAUGCGCAGAUCGGACUGUAGAUCACCUUUAAGGAUUUAACCAUCAAGUUGCAUUGCACCAUACCUUAUUUUUUCACCGUGUCUAUCACCAGACAAUUUUGCCUGUCAAGAGGAAAGCACUUGCACUCAAUGGAUUCAUUUAAAGAUUUACUUCUGUAGCGCAAGAAUUAAUUCCUGUGUUGGCAACCAACUUUUAAGAUUUUAGCUGACCACAAGCUAUGCUUAUACCAUAAACCCAUUGCACCUAAUAACGACCCAUAGUAAUUUGAUUAUGAUGAAAGAAAAUGGAAUCCAUUCUGUCCUGUGAUUCUAGUUAGAUCAUAUGUAAAUUGUGUAAAUCUAUAUUUUUGUCUUCAUUUUAGCAAAACAAAUACACGACACAUUCUAUAGCUGACCCACCUAUAUGCACAGAGGUAGAGUUGUACAUUGUUUAAAAUGUUUCCUUGCUUUGGUGCACAAAAGUAAGAAUAGAUAGGUUUCAUUGACCAGAUGGUGACGACUUCACAAAUGUCAACAUUUACAGGAACAACAAAAUUAACCCUUUAAGUGGCAAUGUGCCAAAAUGUGCCCUACCUUAUUAUUUUACUCUGUCUAAUGCCAUACAAUUUUACUCUUCAAAGGAAGAGCACUGGCACUCGAUGGGUUAAACCACAUCUCUCAAUUCUAUAUAUUUUCCCUCCAAAUACAAGACUACUCCAUAUAAUGAAAAGAAUGAACAUGAUUUUCUCACUCUGAUAACUGCAGCUUGAUCACCAUCUGUUGCACGAUAGUGUUUAGUGGGGAUCCAUGCAUUAGUGCGUUUAAAAACAAGUUAUUUUAACAAUUAUUAUGAAACAAUUAUUAUCUUUUAGUGUCAGAAAAAUGAGCUAUCGUUUUUUGAUCCAAAUUGCCCAGGAUGUUCAGAUAUACUAGCAGAGUAAGUCAACAUGUGCUAUCAUUUAUUAAAAAGAUAAAACUGUAAUCAAUCAUGACACCAUUUUUUAUGCAUAAGUCAUAACGAAUGAUGCACUUGUUGAGUGUCAGUUUUAUUGCUUUUGAUCGCCCAGUUAUCUGAAAAUCCGUUUAAACUUUAAAAAUUCAUCUAAAAACUAGGCAUCAAAUGCAGUUGAAUAUUCGAGAAACUAAGACUAAGUAAACACUAACGCGCUUCUAGCAAAACUAUAACCAUACAUUUUCAGAACUGACCUUGUCCUUGGUUGUUUGGUCAUUGACAUUGUAUUUCGUUCCUGGUAGUUUUUGACUUCAAAUCUUCGCUAUAAAGGUUCACCAAAGCCCCACCAAAAUACCAUUAAUAUUUUACCAUAAUAUAGCGGACACUUUCUUUAGAGUUUUUGAAGCUUUAAAAGAGCCGCCAGUUGCUGUAAAAUAAUGUUGAAAUUUCACCACAUUUCAAAAGCGCUUUCUUCCUCGUGCGAAAAGCAGGCCGUGUGAUGAUUGCAUGUUGCGUUAAAUUUGCAUGAACAAUUUGAAAACUCCCGCGGGCAUUACGUUGCGCGUUUAUGAGAAUAUAGCUGACAUGAAACAGAUGACGAUUCGUAGAAAUUAAUGGUAUAUACGUUAGAAGAUAACAAUGUUCAUUUCUCUGUGGCAAGAAAUAAUUCGAAUGAAACGAGGAUGAGGUUAGCUGUUCUUAAUCAAACUUAUUAGGCCUGUUUUAUACCUUAUACGUCGAAUUUCGGUCGCGUCGAAUGCAUUUCAAACAAUAGAUAAUGAAGCUUAAUGAGGUUUAUCAUCUCAUUAUCUAUUGUCUUAAUUGCAUUCGACACGACCAAAAUUCGACGUAUAAGGCCCGUUUCAUACGCCGUACUUCACAUGUACCGAAUACAUUAAAAACAAUAGAUAAUGAGGCAUUUCAGCUCAUUACCUAUUGUCUUUAAUGUAUUCGGCCCAUGUGAAGUACGGCGUAUGAAACGGGCCUAAAACUGGCCUAACUCUAUUAGCAAUUCGAUCUCAAUUCCCAGGGGCCUAAUAUAUUUUAUGCUUAAGAUUUGCAAAGUGGUUUCUUACGAAAUUCCGAGGUUGCAUUUUUUUUAUACACCCUGUAGAUAGAGCUUGAAAUGUCCCCUGUAACAAUACGUGGCUGCCUGGCUUUAACUUGGAACGAACAAAAGUACUCACAUUUUGUAAACACUGUCCUUCCAAAUUACACCUAACUCAGUCUCAGAAUCAUAUUUUUCUACGUCUGCAAUAUGGUAUCACAGAUUGCGUUGCGGUACAAAACUGCCUUCUUUCCAACCAUCGCUCUAAUCAUGCUAUUCUAUAAACACUUUCACAUUUGCACUUUCACAGCCCAGAAACUUCAAUUUCCGAGAUAUUUGCCAUUAUCAGACAAUGGGUGCCACAAGUGCAGCAAAACCUGGAAACAUUUGUUACUGAGGUAUCAUCAUGGCUAUUUAUAACAUAUACACAUUGACAACCAUUGACAUUUUGACCAUUUCGACUUACCAUGCAAUACUAUUUUUCGUGCCAGAUAACAAAACGUGGUGCUGGUAUAAAUGACCGUGAUGGUCUGACCGACAUGACACUUCUACAUUACGCGUCCAAGUCAGGAGCUGGUAAGAUUAAGGCCCGUAUUCUAAAAGCUCACUCACACUCAAUGAGUGGAGGUUCAAUCUGAGCUUCCCUUGAGUGUCAAUGCUGUUUUUGAAUAGCUUGAGGGCGAGUAGUCACAUAGUAAGGUACGACACUAACCCUCCAGCUAUUCAAAAACAGCAUCGACACUCAAGAGAAGCUCAGAUUGAACCUCCAAUCAUCGAGUGUGAGUGAGCUUUUAGAAUACGGGCGUAAGGUCCACUUCCACUCAAGAAAAAUUUCCAUGGACAGAAAGUCUUCCGAAAAUAUCCUUGUUAAAAGUUGAAAUUUUCAACUUAAAUUUUUUUCAGACCUAAAAUUUGUGUCGGCCAAUCACAUUUUACAAAUUUUUCUUCCUGUGGAAAAUUUUGCUGAGUGGAAAUGGGCCUUUACAAAAUUAUUAAGAAUAGGUACGCAUUAGGUACAUUCGACAACUCAUUGCUUCAUUUUUAUUGGUUAGUUGGCGUAGGUGAUGUCGACACGGCUGCUGGUUUGGUCACUGAGCUCAUAUCCCAG